AUGCACCGGUUCGCUUCAAGCCUCGCUUCCAAAGCUCGGAUUGCUAGGAGCAGCACCAAUCAUAUUGGAAGUAGGUUGAGUUGGAGCAGAAACUAUGCUGCCAAAGACAUAAGAUUUGGCGUGGAGGCUCGUGCUGUGAUGCUUAAGGGUGUUGAAGAGCUAGCUGAUGCUGUCAAAGUCACCAUGGGCCCUAAGGGUCGCACUGUGGUUAUUGAACAAAGCUUCGGUGCCCCUAAAGUGACAAAGGAUGGUGUGACUGUUGCAAAGAGCAUUGAAUUCAAGGAUAAAGUUAAGAAUGUUGGUGCUAGCCUCGUGAAGCAGGUUGCAAAUGCCACCAAUGACGUUGCAGGCGAUGGGACCACUUGUGCUACAGUCCUCACUCGAGCCAUAUUUACUGAAGGAUGUAAGUCAGUUGCAGCAGGAAUGAAUGCAAUGGACCUAAGACGUGGUAUCAGCAUGGCUGUUGACUCGGUUGUUACCAAUUUGAAGAGCAGAGCAAGAAUGAUCAGUACAUCCGAAGAAAUUGCACAAGUUGGUACAAUAUCAGCAAAUGGGGAGAGAGAAAUUGGUGAGUUGAUCGCAAAGGCCAUGGAGAAGGUUGGCAAAGAGGGAGUUAUAACAAUUCAAGAUGGGAAAACAUUAUCUAAUGAGUUGGAAGUUGUUGAGGGGAUGAAGCUUGACAGGGGCUAUAUAUCCCCUUAUUUCAUUACAGACCAGAAAACCCAAAAAUGUGAACUAGAUGACCCUCUCAUUCUGAUCCACGACAAGAAAGUCUCAAGUUUGCAUGCCGUGGUGAAAGUAUUGGAGUUGGCUUUAAAGAGGCAAAAGCCCUUGCUGAUUGUUGCUGAAGAUGUAGAAAGUGAGGCCCUGGCAACUCUUAUUUUAAAUAAGCUUCGUGCUGGAAUCAAGGUCUGCACCAUUAAGGCUCCUGGUUUUGGAGAGAACAGGAAGGCUACAUUGCAGGAUCUUGCCGUACUCACUGGAGGAGAACUUAUAACUGAAGAGCUUGGCCACAAUCUUGAAAAGGUGGAUUUGGAUAUGCUUGGCAGUUGCAAAAAGGUUACCAUAUCAAAGGAUGACACUGUUAUUCUUGACGGUGCUGGUGAUAAGAAGGCCAUUGAAGAGAGGUGUGAACAGAUCCGGUCUGCAAUAGAGUCGAGCACUUCUGACUAUGACAAAGAGAAGUUGCAAGAAAGACUCGCAAAGCUUUCUGGUGGUGUUGCUGUGCUAAAGAUUGGAGGAGCUAGUGAAACCGAAGUUAGUGAGAAAAAAGAUAGAGUUACAGAUGCCUUAAAUGCCACAAAGGCUGCUGUAGAAGAGGGUAUUGUGCCAGGCGGUGGUGUUGCUCUUCUUUAUGCAUCAAAAGAGUUGGAUAAGCUGCAAACUGCCAACUUUGACCAGAAGAUUGGUGUUCAAAUUAUUCAGAAUGCCCUGAAGACCCCUGUGCAUACAAUUGCUCAUAAUGCGGGAGUAGAGGGAGCUGUUGUUGUUGGUAAGCUAUUGGAGCAGGACCACCCUGAUCUAGGGUAUGAUGCUGCCAAAGGUGACUAUGUUGAUAUGGUGAAAGCUGGAAUUAUUGACCCACUGAAAGUAAUUAGAACUGCUUUGGUCGAUGCUGCCAGUGUCUCAUCGUUGAUGACAACAACUGAGGCUGUUGUAACUGAGCUGCCAAAGGAUGAAAAGGAUGCUCCAGCAAUGGGUCCAGGCAUGGGCAUGGAUUAUUGA